AUAUGUCUGGACUUUUCUAUCAGCUUCCGAUGCAAAAGGGAUUUCUCGUGAAUUGGGAUACUCAGAGAACUGUUUGGGAACACCUUUUUAACAACAGCUUGAAAGUGAAUUUCAGUGGAUAGCGGGUAUUCAUUUUCGCAUGUGGUGCCAUACGUGAAUCACGUGAAAUGUCGAGAUGCAAUUCUAAGAUUAGACGUUGGCGGUAAAAUGCUCACCAACUAUCUGAAGGAUGUCAUCUCAUAUCGUCAGCUGCACGUACUUGAUGAAACCUUUGUCAUGAAUCAGUGCAAGGAAGACUGCUGUUUCGUCUCAGCAGAUUUCUACCGAGAUAUGAGAACUGCAGCAUUGAAUGGUCCUGAAAACACCCUCUCACGAGAUUACAUUCUUCCUGAUUAUUUGGAUGUAAGACGCGGCUAUAUUCGACAAAAAGAGGAAUCUGUCCAAGGCAAACCAGUAAUUCGGAUGAACAACGAACGAUUUGCAGUACCUGAGGUUUUAUUUAGUCCUGCUGAUAUAGGAAUUCAGCAAAUGGGAGUUGCCGAAUGUAUAAUGCACGCGAUCGGCAAGCUUGACCAAACUUGUCAGCCCGAUUUACUGGCAAAUAUUGCGUUGAUUGGUGGAAAUGCAUGUUUGCCGGGAUUCAAAAGGAGAGUUCACACAGAAGUAAGGACCCUAGCAGAUUGUCACAUGGAUGUGAACGUCCAUUGCUCCUCGGACCCCUCUUCAUAUGCAUGGCAGGGAGCUAAAGUUCUGGCCAACUCUCCGGAGUUUGCAAAUAAGUUGAUCUCUCGGAAAGAGUAUCUGGAAAAAGGCAGCGAUUUCUGCAAUGAGAAAUUUAAUAUUUGACCUUGUUAUUGAUGUACUUUGUUUAAAGAUAGUUUUAGUUGUCCCCGAUUUUGAGUUUCUGUACAUUAAAAGAACAUGCGCGUAAAAGGCUUUCGGUACUUACAGGGACAUACAAGAAAGACAAGAUUUUUCCGCAUUAGU